UUCAGAUAAAUUACCAUUUUGACGAACAUGAAAAUCAGCACCUUGUAACUCAAUAUUGAACACAAGAACAUAUAGAAAACACACACAGGUUUGUACUUUCAUUUCUCAACCCAAUCAAUACUUUGUCAACGUGCGCCUCAAGACAGGCAGAGAGCAAAAGUUGUCUCUGGCAAAGAGUGGGUAGGAAUAUUUAUGCCGUUAUAUCACUAAAAAAAGGCAGCAGAAGCCACUUGAAUUGCGAUUUGCCCCUUGAGAAUGAAGCGCAUAUUCACUUCAAAUUCGGCAAAACUCUAGAAUCUCAUUUUUUUUAUCUGGGAUUUUAUUAACCUUAGGUUCUAGGUUUCAUGACGAAAGCUGAGAAUCAAAGGAGAGAAAAGCGUGCAGCUUUUUUGAAAUUCAUUGUUUCUUGACCGCAAAAUGUUUAAAUAUUUUGAACUUAUAUCUUGAAAUAACUUAUUUAUUCAACCUAAACGUAUGUAGAAAAGAAAAUUAAAAUUAAAAUAGAUAUACAACACAAGUUAUGUGCAGCUCAAAAAACUUGACUUAGAUUUGAUGUAGGCGGUUCCAGCUUCACUUCAGUCAACUUCAGAUCAAGUAGAUAAGGUUGUUAUUUUUUGAAUAAAUAAGUUUUAAAUUUAAAGUAAAGUUUUCAGCAAGCUUGAAUCCAAAAAAAGAGACAAAUCAGAAUUCUCGAGAUAUUUUGCUAAUAUAGUUUCUAGCAAGCUAAUUGUUACGUCUUUAUGAGUGUCAUAUGACCAUGUGCAAUAGUCAUUAAAUACCUGUGUUUUUGCUUUGCGAAUUUGCAAGCCUAAAAUUUGAGGCAGACCAGUUUUUCCUUUGUUAGAAUUUUGGUUUACAUUAUAGUUUUAUAAAAUGAAACUAUGAUGGCCAAUUUUGAUUACAUGAACCAGUCUUGGUUGGUCAAAAACUUCAAAUUUCAAUUUUCUUUCUCCAAGGUUGUAUUUAAAACAGUAUUUCAGCAAAGCGUUGCCCAUGUUUAAUCAAAUUUUUUAAAUGAACAUUUUCUCAUUACUGUUUGCUGAUAAGACUAAAACCUUCAUAGAGUCGUGAAAAAUUAUUUGUAAACGUGGGUUAGGCUGCCCCAUGUCGGUGUGAUCUACGUAGAUCUACGAGAAUUGCGGGAAUUUAGACGCAUCUGAUUUCGCAUCGUUAACUACGUGCUGGCGUCACAUUUUUUGAGGAAAAAAUUCCCGCAUUUUUUGUAGAUCAAACCGUAAUGGGACAGCCUGGCACCACGUGCUUUUAUGAAAUUCUGUCUUUGUGUGCUGCUUGUCUAGUUGUAGCAUUAUAUUCGUUGUCUUUUCAAUUUGUUAAACAGGAUAGUUUCUGAUGUAGCUUCUAUAAGAGAUUUCUAUAUUCAAAAAGCUAAUUUGGCAAUAUCCCGUCUUGCUAUUUUUGAAUUUGAACACUAUUUGAAAACUGAAAAAAAUAAUUUUUGAAGUAGUAUUUUAAUUUCAGCAUGCCUAUGUAUUGUAUGUCUGUAUACCUAACUAUAAGGAUUUUUGGACUUUUUGAUAAAAAAUCAGAGUUUUCUCAUAAUAACAAUAUGAGUAAUUACCUUUUUACCUACUAAGAAGACGUACAAUAAGGUAGGUCUUUUGACAAUCAUAUUUAUGAUAAAUUUGAAACGUAUGAUUUGUUACAUCCACUUUGCUUAAUAUUACAUGUUAUAGCAGAUUUCAACACAAAUAUAGAAAAAAUUAAACGCGAAAUCGAAGAUAAAAGUUGGUAAAACUAAACGUGAGAGCAUCUGCUUUCAGUUAACCUGCAACUUCCGGGAAUCAAAUGUCUGCAAAGUUACACUCGAUGAAAUCAUUCAGUUUCGUUUCUAGAGUUCCACGUAGUUUGCCAUUCCCCCACUCGUUUUGCAUAACAUUGAAUGAUCUAGACCUUUUUUGCAUAUUUUCUUGGCCGCCUCGAGACGCCGGGGCCUGAACACCAAUUCUUGGCCUGGCUGUAACCCCCUGUUUGUUUAUUUGCUAUUUCUGUUUAUUCGAUUUUUUCAGUUUCGCCGCCCUCUUCAUCUCCGAACACUUUUUUGCUCAUCUGACACCCAAAACACUGAAAAUGGCAGUGGCUCACCAUUUGUGUCAAUUUCUGCGGAAAAAUGAGACGAUUGAUUUCUCGACGUUAUUGAGUCAUUCGCCACGGGAAGAAGCCACUUCAAACAUAAAUAAGAUUACAUAUGCUUACAUUGCGCCGUUCAUAAUCAUAUUUGGAAUAGUGGGUGAUGUGUUAACAGUUGUCACUUUAACACACCCAUUAUUACGGAAAUCAUCAAUCAUAUACACAUACCUGACACUGCUGGCUAUGACUGAUUUGCUCACACAAUUCUCUGUUAUACCAAUGAUCAUGUGGCUGCUCGACAUUCGUGCCUGCUCCAAAUCAUCGGCGUUUUUCUAUGCGCACAUUGGGUUUCCUUUGGCGAACGCUUUGAUGGGCUCAAGUGUGUGGAUUGUUGUAUUUCUGACGUUAUCACAGUAUAUGGCGGUGUGUAAACCGUUUGCAUAUGGUUUAAGGUCACGGAAAAUCUGUUAUGUAUUAUUUGCACUUGCUUAUAUGUUCAAUUUCUGUAUCUAUGCACCAUGGGCGGUAAAGAAGAAUGUUCAUGACAUUUCUGAUCUGGUACCGGAGAGCUUCCUGGUAUCCGUAUGCCCAUACGUAGUGUGUGACGCAAAGCGACCGGAUUGGUUCGUGAUUUAUGAAACUGCUCGCGAGCUCAUAUCCAGAAUAUUUCCAUUCUUCCUUGUCGCAUUUCUCAACAUCAAGAUUCUUAUAACGUAUAGAAACACCAAGCGGGAUAGGAUGGAGCGGCUGGCAAACUCUCAGAAAAAGUUUAUGUUCGAAAAGAGCGAGAAGGAGGAGAAGCGACUUUUUAUAUUGCUCUUUGCAAUUGUCAUUGUGUUCUUUGUGUGCACUAUUCCAGCAGCUCCACUCACUAUUUUAGUGGCGGAUACGAAAAAUAACAAUGUCGGAUUUCAAAUCUUCCGAGCAGUUGUGAACUUACUAGAAUUUACCAAGUUCGCAAUGAAUUUCUACUUUUACUGUCUCAUCAAUCCAGACAUCCGCAGUAUUUGUGCGCACGUAAUUACAUGUAAGAAGAUCACAAAGCCUGCGAGAGUAAAGGGUCAACCAACUACUCCACUUUCGAAAUAUACAAGAUCUACAAAAAAUUCCACAAUUCGCGACGCAAACAAGAAUGGUGAAAAGCGAGGAAUCGACGGCAACGAUAAUGAUUCAAAGAAAUUCGAUGACUCUAGAAAUAGCUCGUUGAAAUCUGGAAAAGAUUCCGUUCGGCGGGGAGUACCUGCGGACAGUUUAAUCGAGAAAUUAACUGUCAUUAAAGAAAACGAGUCAGUCACUUCCGAUACCGGAGAUCACGUGUAAAACAAUACAACCUAAUAACUAUUUGAAAUUAUUGUCACGAAUAUAUAUAUAUAUAUAUAUAUAUAUAUAUAUAUAUAUAUUUACAAUUUCCCUGAAAUUUUCUCUUUGAUACCAUUCCUUGUUUACCAGUCUUAUGUUGUGAAUACUGUAGAUAUAUAUAAAAAAUGAGAAAACAAAACAAAAUGAAAAAUUAAAAUAUAAGCGACAAAUGUCAUAAUAAAAUGCAUGUAUGUUUGAAUUGUGAACACAAAUGUGAAAAUAAAUAUUUUUUAUUUA